AAGAAAGCAGCAGAACAGAGGUACGAAUGUGUGAGAAUCAGUGAAUAUCUCGCCUCAAUGUACAAGCUUCAUGUCUGUGGACUCGGGGCAGCAUGUCUAGUCUGGCAAACGCUCAUUCUAAUCACGUUCAAUAAGCCUUUUAGAGGCUCGUCUCCAUUGCGACAUCAUGCUUUCUCCUGUAAUACGGUGACUCAGAAUUGCGUUUUCACCAACAGAUAUCGAUUUUCAAACUUGUCAAGCCGGUGAC